GUUAAUAAAUAAAACUGUAUAAAAUGGGUGGUAUUAGGUGAGGCAAAUUCAAAUGGUACAAUAAGGAAGAGAAAAGAGACAAACCUGAAAGACUUGCAAUGUAUAAAAGAGGAACGAAAUCUGUUUGCUUUUUGCUGUUGGCACUUCUUUGGGACAGUGGUUACGUCUUAACUAUGAAGAGAGGCGAUACUGCAGCCCAUGUGAAUGUCACGGCAUUACGUCGUCUACCUAAACAAUGUAACAUGGACGGCUUUAAUGAUUGGUUCAAAGUGGACAACCACUGCGUCAAAUACUUCAAGAAACCUUUAAACUUCACUGAUGCAGAGUACAGCUGUAGAAGAACAGUUCCUGGUGGACAUCUGGUGUCAGUGCACAAUGCCGGGGCUAACAAGAACUUGCUCUCCAUUGUGAAAAAGAUGAACCCAAAGAACUUGCGCAUCUGGCUUGGGGGAUAUGAAUUUUUACGGUCUGGUAAAUUUCUUUGGACGGAUGGUUCCUUCUGGGACUAUAGUGGUUGGUUACCCGGUGAGCCCAAAAACAUCUAUACUAGCUUUGAAGAAUGUGUGGAGAUGAGCUGGAAUGUUGCUGGCAAAUGGAAUGAUGAUGCUUGUAACUUUAAAAAAGGCUACAUAUGUGCCUUCAAACCCAUCAGCAUCAUGGAAGAAUAGACUGAGAUGAUUUAUCACCCAAUAAAAAUUCAGCAUAAAUGUUUUCUCCUCAUUUUUAAAUACAAAAAUUCAAACAUUUCUUCAAAAUAUAUUUUGAAAUCAUACUAAAGACUUUUACUAUUGCAAGCAAAAUGACUGUGUAAGACUUUUUUGUCUGAUGUCGUGUUACUGAGUAUUGAAGAUUGAAUACUGUCA